AUGACAGGUGCCACCCUUCAGCCUGGCCUACCGCCAAUGGGUUCCACCAGACCUUCGGACCCUGUCCUACCACGUGUCGGCUCCACCGGAGCUUCGGACCCCUGCCUACCUUGCUUCGGACCCCGGCCUACCUUGGUGAGCACCACUCAACUGGACCUUUGGACUCCACCUGUCCCUCCGCUUCGGAACCCUGCCUACCUUGGUGAGCACCACUCAACUGGACCUUUGGACUCCACCUGUCCCUCCGCUUCGGACCCCGGCCUACCUUGCUUCGGACCCCGGCCUACCUUGGUGAGCACCACCACUCAACUGGACCUUUGGACUCCACCUGUCCCUCCGCUUCGGACCCUGCCUACCUUGGUGAGCACCACUCAACUGGACCUUUGGACUCCACCUGUCCCUCCGCUUCGGACCCCGGCCUACCUUGGUGAGCACCACUCAACUGGACCUUUGGACUCCACCUGUCCCUCCGCUUCGGACCCCGGCCUACCUUGCACCACUCAACUGGACCUUUGGACUCCACCUGUCCCUCCGCUUCGGACCCCGGCCUACCUUGGUGAGCACCACUCAACUGGGACCUUUGGACUCCACCUGUCCCUCCGCUUCGGAACCCUGCCUACCUUGGUGAGCACCACUCAACUGGACCUUUGGACUCCACCUGUCCCUCCGCUUCGGACCCCGGCCUACCUUGGUGAGCACCACUCAACUGGACCUUUGGACUCCACCUGUCCCUCCGCUUCGGAACCCUGCCUACCUUGG